GCGGCGCCGGCCCCGCCCCCCUGCGCGGCGCCGGCCCCGCCCCCGUCGGGUGUUUGUGGUGGGGCUGCGGAGUCGCGGAUCCCGCCGGAAGCGCCAGGACAAUGGGGACCCGGGACGACGAGUACGACUACCUAUUCAAAGUGGUGCUUAUCGGGGACUCGGGUGUGGGGAAGAGCAACCUACUGUCCCGCUUCACCCGCAACGAAUUCAACCUAGAGAGCAAGAGCACCAUUGGCGUGGAGUUUGCCACCCGCAGCAUCCAGGUGGACGGCAAGACCAUCAAGGCCCAGAUCUGGGACACCGCUGGCCAGGAACGCUACCGGGCCAUCACCUCCGCGUACUACCGCGGUGCAGUGGGUGCACUGCUGGUAUAUGACAUUGCCAAGCACCUGACAUAUGAGAAUGUGGAGCGCUGGCUAAAGGAGCUGCGGGACCAUGCUGACAGCAACAUCGUCAUCAUGUUGGUGGGCAACAAGAGUGACCUGCGCCAUCUGCGGGCCGUGCCCACUGAUGAGGCCCGUGCCUUUGCAGAGAAGAACAACUUGUCCUUCAUUGAGACCUCAGCCUUGGACUCCACCAACGUAGAGGAAGCUUUCAAGAACAUUCUCACAGAGAUCUACCGCAUCGUGUCACAGAAGCAGAUUGCAGACCGCGCAGCCCAUGAUGAGUCCCCUGGCAACAACGUGGUGGACAUCAGUGUGCCGCCCACUACUGAUGGACAGAAACCAAACAAGCUGCAGUGCUGCCAGAACCUGUGACCGCCCCGUGCCUCGUCCAAGUGUGCGUGCACAUCCUCACCCUUCACCCACCCCUCACCAUGAUGUUUUCCCUGACCUGACCCUCUCUGUCCCUCUGUGACUGAUUCCCACCGUUCCACUGAGCUCUGCAUGGUCAGCUGGAGCUUAGGAAGAACAGGAGUCAAACAGCACCUCUUGUCCCUCUCCUCCACCCCCAGGAAAACUUGAAGCCUAGCUGCUGCAUCUGUUUUUCUUGGGUCCCAGUGGGCCUCUGGGUGGGGUGGGCAAGGUGGUAGGAUGGACAGGGCCACCCAGAGGCAAGAAGAUGGGCACACCAAGCAGGCUUCUUCAGCUUCCUACAGCAGACUCCAAGGAGUGAUUAUCUCCUUCUCUCUCUAGCCAGUUGUCUUAGCUGGCCCUGCUCCCCACCUAGAACUCCACACUGGGCUGAAGCCUGAAGAGCAGGUGACCAGGGGUAGAGGCUUGGGCAGGCAGAAACAGACUCCUGACACCCCACUCCCCACACACAGUGAGCACUGGCUCACACCUUUGACCUUGGCUUCUCCCGUGCGUGCGUGAAUUCAGCUCAGCUUCUGCCUGUAGAUUUAUGCUGGGAGAAGACCUCCCCCUUCCUUUCUGCACGCAGCGCACUCCCCACCCUUCCCAUGCCCUUCUCUCUGUCUUGUUUCCCUGUCUGGUCGGGAACCUGUUUGCAAGUGAAGCAAUAUCUCAGUGUUUUGUAUAUACAACCGCUCUUGUAGCCUCUGUUUUUUUGUUAUUAUAGAGAAACACAGAUUCUUUAUACACUUUGUAAGAUUGACGCCAAACCCCAGCUCUCAGAUCUCUUAUUAUCCCUGUGGCCCCUGUACUGUUGCCCCAAUGCCUCAUUUCUCUGGCCCAUUACUAAAAUGUGUAACCUGACUUUCUGGACAGAAA